AUGGCAUCCGCCCAUCAGGUGUGGCACACAGCAGUUUCACCCCCCAGCCAUAGCAGCCCCACAGCCCAAGAGCCCAGGUCCCCUGGUUCGGCCAGCAACCCCAGGUCCCCCGGCACCCCUGGCUCCGAGAAGGUGGCCUCCCCGUUGGAGUGCUCCAUCUGCUUCUCCGGCUAUGACAACAUCUUCAAGACCCCCAAGGAGUUAUCCUGUACCCAUGUCUUCUGCCUUGAGUGCCUGGCCCGGCUUGCAGCCGCCCAACCUGCUCACCGCCCUGGGGGGGACGCUGUGCCCUGUCCAUUCUGCCGGCAGCCCACGGCUGUGCCACCCACCGGUGCCCCAGCCCUGCGCACCAGCCGCCAGCUGCAAGCCAAGAUGCCUUCACACCUGCGGCGGGAGGAGCACGUGUGGCUGGAGGGCACCAAGCUCUGUUGCCGUCUGCCACCUGGUGCGCCCACGGCUGCUGGCCUCAUGUGUGUGGACGUGGGCCUCACCAAGCCGGACCCUGCCCCACCCCCGGCUGUCCCGGUCCCUCGCCGCAGCCACCUGGCCCGCUGCUGGGCCCGCUGCUGGGACUGGCGGCGCUUGGCGCUCACAUCUGUGCUGCUGCUGCUGCUCUGCUGCCUCGCGCUGUGGCCCCUGCAGUGCGCCCUCAAGACCGGGAACCUGCGCUGCCUCUCCCGGCCCCACGCGGUCACCGCUGCCCCCACCGCGCUCACCCUUGGACCGCUGGCUGACAACUAGGGCCACACGCCUGGGCAGCUCCGUAGAUGCCAGAACCCUGGCCAAGCAAGUACCAAAGUCUACGUGCCAGUUGCAAGAGCCCCCGAGUCCUGGGAGACCCGCCUGGGCGUCUCUGGACCCA